AGCGGUAAAAUCACUCAUGUCCCAUAAACCACCGCCUCUUAAACCCUAACCGGUGACAGAGAAAGAGAUACAGAGAGAGCGAGAGGAAGAGGAAGAGGAGUUUUCUGCUCAGACUGCGUAGAGUUGGUGAAUAGUUGGAAUCACUUCCACUGCGAAGGUGAUAGAAUAUAAUCAAACAACCAGGGAACUGAAGAAGUGAAUGUGGAAUUAAUUAUCCUUACCUGGUGGUGGUUUACUGAGAUGUGAAUAUAGGCAGAGAAGUGAGUGAACCAUUAAAUAGAAACCUUGUUGAGAUACAUUGAGAGCGAUGGCAAACGAAGUAAAGGCUGGGGAAGGAAAGAAGAGAAAACGAAAAGAUAAAGAGGUGGCAAUCUUUGGUAAUUACAGACACUACUACGGCUAUCGUGUAUGUAAAGACAUGAAGGCUGAUCCACGAUUAAUGGUGUUGAAGAAGGAAUGGUUAGAAGAUAAAGAUUGUCUUGAUAUUGGUUGUAAUCAGGGAUUGAUUACUAUUGAAAUAGCAAAGACAUUUCACUGUCAAAGUAUUCUCGGUGUUGAUAUUGAUGCAAGUUUGGUAGAGAGUGCAUACUGGAAUCUUAAAAAAAAUGACAAACUGGAAAGUGCUGGUUCCCCAUCUCCAGAUGUCUCUGAACCAGAGCAUUUAGAAAGGACACAGGAUCUAGAGCAUCGUGAUGGAGUCUCUUCUGAAGAGGGAAAACGGAAUCAUCCAAAAAGUCUGCUGGACAUAGUGUCUUUCCAGAAACAAAAUUUUGUUGAACAUUUCCGUAAACACUCCGACGAUGAGAAGUAUGAUGCUGUAACUUGUUUCAGUGUGACAAAAUGGAUCCAUCUGAACUGGGGCGAUGAAGGAUUGAUUACUUUGUUUCGAAAUAUCUGGAGACUUCUUAGACCGGGUGGUAUUCUCGUGCUAGAGCCUCAGCCAUGGAAGUCAUACAAGAGCAAUUACUUGGUGUCCGAGACUGCGACAUUAAAUUAUCACAAUAUUGUGUUUCAUCCAUGCUGGUUCCAAGAGAUUCUUCUUGACAAGAUAGGGUUUAGGACAGUAGAGAGCUGUACGUCCAGUUUACCUGGCAGUGCUGCUGGAUUUAACAGGCCGCUCUUUGCCUUCCGCAAGUGAAUUUUGUAAAUUAUUACUUCCAGAGCCGUCUUAUACCAGGCCAGCUAGGCUAUUGCCUAGAGCCUCACAUUGUUAGGGCCCAAAAUUAUAAUUUUUCUUACAACUUGGCUUUAGUGCUCUUACAUAGUGGUUAAUAGUCGUACAAUCUAACUGUUAUUGAAUGCGGUUUGGUUUGUAAGUACACUGUACGACUUUCCAAUUUUUUUUGUAAGUACACUGUACGGCUUUCCAAUUCGGAUUGUAGUGAAACAAGGGAGGUUUUGUGAGUUUGAUUGUAAGCGAACUUUUGUUUA